GGCUGGCUUUACUUGUCAAUUUUUUUUAUGUAAGCUGAGCAUUUUGUAAAACGAGUCAACGAAGCUUUCUCUAAUCCAUCGCGCUAAAUUCAAUAUUUAAUAUUGCUCGGCUCUAUUUUCGUCAAAUUUGUUGCAUUUCAUUUACAAGAUCUUUAGUUCAUAAUCUGUACAUAUGAACCAAUGACUGCAAGACGACGAAGAGGGGGCUCAGAAUCGGAACAGUCCCCAAUUAUUGUAACUGGUGGAGCUUCCUAUGCUGGUAGUGGUUCUGGAUUCUCUUCUGUGUAUCGAGAUGAUGACUCCGGGAGCAUAGACGGUGCUUCUUUUGGUAACGGUGCUGUUCCUGCAUUUAAUCCAACCAUGACAUCACGGGAUAGAACUAAUGAAUUUGCAAGUGCUGUGAGGUCCUUGCAAGGGCGACAAAUCAUUCAUGCAGCACAAGCCAGAGAUCCAAGAAAAGCUAGGCAUAUCCAAAGCUAUGCUGAGUUUAUGAUGAUUGCAAGAACUAUUGGGAAAAAUAUCAGUAGUACCUACUCCAAGCUUGAAAAACUCACACUGCUUGCCAAACGUAAGUCUCUAUUUAAUGAUAGGCCCACUGAAAUUCAAGAAUUGACCUAUAUUAUCAAAGAAGAUCUGAGUAGUCUUAAUGGACAAAUUGCAAGACUUCAAGAAGUUGCGCGCAGUCAACGUAGAGCCCAGCAAACAGGGAGAGCGCAUUUAUUAUCUCACUCUUCCAGUGUAGUCCUAGCUCUUCAAUCUAAACUUGCAUCCAUGUCCUCAGAAUUCAAGAAUGUUCUAGAAGUUAGAACUGAGAAUUUAAAACAACAAAAAAGCAGGAGAGACCAAUUCUCUCAAGGACCAGUUUCCAGCUCUCUUCCUCCCUCAGCACUCUCUGGACACCAUCAUGGGUCUGUUUUGCUGGCUGAAGAGCAAGUGGCUAUUGAUAUGGAUGAUAGAAGUCCCUUACUUCCCCCCACUCAAAAACAAGCCCUUAUAUAUGAUGAAACGGAUAAUUAUUUACAAAGCCGUGCAGAAACCAUGCAAAAUAUAGAAUCCACUGUAGUUGAGCUAGGUGGAAUUUUUGCACAGCUUGCAACCAUGGUAAAAGAGCAAGAAGAAAUGGUUGAAAGAAUUGAUGCUAAUGUGCAAGAUGCUGAACUGAAUGUUGAGGCAGCUCACGGUGAAAUCUUGAGGUACUUCCAAUCAGUAACAUCAAACCGUUGGCUAAUGAUAAAAAUAUUUGCAGUUCUCAUAUUUUUCUUUAUAUUCUUUGUUGUAUUCUUAGCUUGAUUUUGUUCUAUAUAUGUAAAUUCUCAUGCCAUGCUUUAUGAAUUCAAUAAGAAAUUUGCUCAGUUACCAGUAGUUUCCUAGUUCUUGCUUCAUGGUUAUUUCAGUUUUGUAGCCAAAUUAUUUUUGGUUUUGAAUGACACUGUUCAGUCAAAAUCAGAUCACUGACAAAAAUUCUGAACUGCUAUUUUUAUUUAGAAUUUUUUCCUCCUAUCCUAUAUCUCAAUCUAUUUAUGAAAAAGUCUGUUUACCUUUUACAUGGUUGUAGAAUUUUUCAAAAGAACUUUCUAUCUUAAUUAUAUCUGAACCAUAUUUAAUCUGGUGUCUGUUGAACUUGUGUCUUAUCUCGUAUUUUUAAAUCCAAGUUAUAUUUUUGUAAAUGCUUGAUCAUUUAUAGAGAAUAGCUUACCUAAGAGCAUCUACUUGUAUUGUCCUUGCCUGGAACAUUUAUACCGUCUGUGGAUCCUUAAAUUGGUUGCUUUGUGUUUUAUUGGAAAUAUGAAACAGCUUUAAAGCUCUGAACCCUUGUAAGUGUAAUAUUAAUGACCAUUCCAUAUCCAAUUUGCUUUUCAUUGAUAAUACCUGUAAUAUUAAUGCUCUCUUUGAAGUAGAAAUUACAUACCGGUACUUACCAAAUUACAUUUUUAAUAAGAUUUUGGGGAGAGUAAGUAUCCUCUUCAACAUCUUAUGCGCCUCAAGUCUGUGCCAAGAGUAGCCGUCAAUUUUCUCUGUCCAGAUGAAGUAAAAGCUAACCAAGAAAACUUUUAUCGUAAUGAAAUCAUUGCAUCAUAUUUGGAAGACUGAAAGAUGUAGACAGUCGUUGGUCCAAGCUGACAUUUUUUUUAGUGAAAUUGAGUGUUUUGUUUGUAUAAGCAAUUCUUUUUGAAACAGUUUGUUGAAGACUGCUGCAUUACUUUUUAAGAAAUUUGGUGAUAGGGUGCAGCAAGCACAAUCCUUGGUGAAAUUUAGUGAUACUUAUGAGGCUGUUCCAUAAAUAAUGUUGUUUGUAUACUCAGCUGGGCUGAACUUUUUAAAAUGUGUAUUGCAAAUCCUAUGUUCAUACAUUUUGCAGCAGGUCUUAACUUUAUCUGAGUUUGUUUACUAUAUCAUAUUGUGCAUUUGUCAUUUGUUCAUACUGGGGCCUCACGUGUUAAAGGAUAAGAGAUAUUAUUGUUGAGUAAAAUGCACUUUACUAGAGAAA